AUGGCCGAUCCGGAAUCUCACCCUUCGUCGCUCGGUAUGCCUUACGAUGAGGACGCGCGUUCCCUGACCAGUUCGCACAGCAGCCUGGAGGAGAUUGACAAUGAAGUCGAGAUCGAGCCGGUCUUUAGACUCACUUUACUGCUCCACAACAAGCCUGUUGAGCUCCCGAUAUACCACGACGAUGCGACGAUACAAGACCUCUCGGACUCCGUCGCAGAAGAGCUGUAUAUUCCGCCUUCGAAUCAGAAGUUCUUGAUCACGCCAAAGGUCGGCUUGCUGAAGCCACCGUUCAAAGAUCCGAGCCUGGCUGUCAACACUUUGAAAGACAAGAAGAUCGUCCUCAUGGGCGCCACAACCGCGGAAGUCGAAGAGAUGGAAAGCGAUAUAGCAGAGCGCAAAGCCAGAAUCAACCGACGAAGAGAGGCUCUACGAGCAGGCAGGAGAGUCAAGGCGCACAAGAACCGCGACUGGAACAAAGUGCAAGACGAAGCGCGAUACACCUUCCACACCCUCCGCCCGCUCCCAUACCUCCCGAACCCCGAAAAGAGCCUCCGCUUCCUCGAAAGACUCCGCGACGACGCGGGCAUCAAAGCCUCGAUGCGCAAGCACGGCUUCUCGGUCGGCCUCCUGACCGAAAUGAACCCCGCCGAACACACCACGCACGAAUCCCGAACCCUCGGGCUGAACAGAAACCGCGGAGAGGUGAUCGAGCUGCGCCUCCGCACAGACGCCUACGACGGCUACCGCGACUACAAAGUCAUCCGCAAGACGCUCUGCCACGAACUCGCCCACAACGUCUGGGGCGAGCACGACCAGCACUUCUGGAAACUCUGCAAGGAAAUCGAAGCGGAGGUCGACAAGAACGAUUGGCGACGGGGUGGGAACUCCGUCGGUGGGGAUGAGUUCUACAAUCCGGAAGAUGGGGGCGAGGAGGAUGAGGAGGCGGAUGGUGGGGGGUGGGAGGGGGGCGAGUAUGUCCUGGGUGCUGCUGGGAGUAGUGCGAUGGCGGGGCUUUCGAUUGGGGAGCCGUUGAAUCGAAGGGAGGUCAUGGCGAGGGCUGCGGAGGAGAGGAUGAGGAAACAGAGGGAGGCGAAGGCUUCGGAGGAGAAGGCGAAGGAUGCUGCGGCGAGGCAGAGCUGA